AUGUCGUCUUUAAUGUCGGCAAAUAAUAGUGGUCUCGUCUUCGCUAUGGCACUGACCACCAACCAAACCUUCUUUCUAACGUACCACAUGGGCAGCUACGCUAAUAACGCCGUCAUGCUUAGCAGCCGGAAACCUAUGUUGAUGAGAGACGUAUUCUUGACGAAAUCUUCAAGUUUCUUCCCUAACCCCCUUUCGUGCGUUUAUGUUCACAGUCCGUUGGAUGCUGUGUUAAACAGUUUAUUAGCAUGGUUUUUAGUGAGACCAAUUAUCGAAAUCAUUGGUUGGAGGUCCGGAGUGGCGAUAUACUUCGGUUCAGGUUUCUUCAGCAGUUUCGCUUACAUAUUCAGUAGCCAACUCGGUACAGGGAGGACGAACACACCGUUUGAUUGUGCAGACACGUCAAAUGGUGCCUUUUCGGGUUUUGCGACCCUCAGCCUCGUAUUGCCAAAAUGUUAUAUACCAACAAGCAAGCGCAUCCCUACAAGCUACCUUGGUGUCCCAUACCUCAUCAAAUGCUUCUACGACGAAUACGUUGCUCCCCAUUACGUUGACAAAAGAGAAAAGGGUGCUAUCGAGCUGCGAAACUGGGGAUUUGUUGGGGGAGUAUUCUUCGUAAUGAUCUAUACAUCAUUGGUACUUCGAACUAAACAUGAUAUGACAACAAUGAGGACAUUUUGGCGCAACAUGGGCAUUACUACGCGAAAAAAAUAA